AUGGAGCGGAGCGGCAGCACCGGGAACGGCACAGGGAGAGCCGGGAACGGCACCGGGAACACCGGGAACAGCACCGGCAACAGCACCGGGAACAUCGGGAGCGGCACCGGGAACGGGACCAGAAGCGGCUCCAGGAACACCGGGAGCGGCACCAGAGAUAACACCAGAGAUAACAUCGGGAACAGCACCGAGAGCGGCUCCAGGAACACCGGGAAUGGCACCGGGAAUAACGCCGGGAAUGGCACCGGGAAUAACGCCGGGAAUGGCACCGGGAAUAACGCCGGGAAUGGCACCGGGAGCGGGCGGGCAGCGCCGCCUGGCGGGGCCGUCCGGGCAUUGCUGUGCCUGGCGCUGCUGCUGGGCCCGGCCCGGGCUCUGCCCAGGGCAGUCCGGGCACUGCCCACCCCUGUCCGGGCACUGCCCACCCCUGUCCGGGCUCUGCCCAGCGCAGAGCUCGGCACGCUGGGGUUUGAGUGCAGCCCUGAGGAGGUGGACGUGGAGGACAUCACCCAGAACCAAACCAACACCAUCAGAGCCUGCACGGCCCAGGCUGCCGGGCCUGGAAAUUGCCCGGUUUUGGAAAGAUCAACUUUCGAUAAGGGAAAAUGCCUGCAGGGAAUCUCUGAGGAUCUGAGAGCCUACAGGACAGAGCUGAGGAACCUCCAGGACCCGCAGCUGCUGCUGGCUCUCGAUGGGAUGAUGGAGCAGCACUGGGAAGGUUCCGGAAGCGCCGUUGGCAUCGGAAUUAUCGGGAUCAUCGGGAUCAUCGGGAUCAUCGGGAUCAUCGGGAUCGUCGGGAUCAUUGGGAUUGGGAUCAUCGGAAUCAUCGGAAUUAUCGGGAUCAUCGGGAUCAUUGGGAUCGGGAUCAUCGGGAUCGGGAUCAUCGGGAUCAUCGGGAUUGGGAUCAUCGGGAUCGGGAUCAUCGGAUCAUCGGGAUCAUUGGGAUUGGGAUCAUCGGGAUCGGGAUCAUUGGGAUCAUUGGGAUCAUCGGGAUCAUCGGGAUCGGGAUCAUCGGGAUUGGGAUCAUCGGGCUGGGCAUGGGCGCCGUUCCCGGCGCGGCUGCGCCUCUGCAGCGUGCUCCAGGCCUUGCGCAUCCGCAGCGUCACCAUCAGCAGGAUGCUGAACUUCCUCAGCUCCCUCUGA